ACAAUGGCGUCUUCUCAAAGUUUCCAGCUGGAAUUUAUUGACAGUUCUUAAAUAUUUACUAUGCGUGAUAAUUUGUUUAAUUUUACAUUAUUUGCACGAAAAUCGUAUCUAAAGCGAAUCUAUUUUUGAAUUUUUUGCAUAAUAAUAGAAAUUAGUGUUGAAGAAAUGAGUAUUUGUUCUGGAAUAUUCGAUGACGAAAGACUAAUCGAAUUGGUGGAAAACCAUGAGAUUCUUUACAACAAACAUUGCACUGGGUAUAAGGGUGCUGAAGAAAAAACAGAUUCUUGGAUUAAAAUCGGCGAGGAGUUGGGGAUGGCUGCCGAAGAAUGCGCCAAAAGGUGGAAAAGUUUAAGGGAACGGUAUUCCAGAGAACUUAAACUGGUUGAAAAUAAUGCCAACUUUGUUGUGGAGUGGCCUUUAUUCGGCGCACUUUCGUUUCUAAGACAAUUUGUAAAACAACGACACGGGAGAAGCACAUCAAAUGAAGUGAACGACGAGUUGUUAAUCCAACUGGUACGUGCUCAUAAUGUACUUUACCAGAAAAACUGUUUAGGACUUAGAUAUUCUAGUCAAAAGACAGAAGCCUGGUUUGAAAUCUCAGAACAGAUGGGUAUAACUGCCGAAGCAUGUUCUAGCAGGUGGAGAGGCUUACGAGAACGUUAUUCUAGAGAACUAAAGCAAGCGGAAAUGCUUUCUGAAAGCAAUGAUGAUGCAAGUUCAUGUGUUCAGUGGCCUUUAUUUAAUUCGCUAUCGUUUUUAAAAGAUUCUGUUAAGCCACGACAUACCCGUGACUCAAAGGAUUCUUAUAGGGAUCCAGCUAUUGUUGCAAUAAAUAGGAAGAGACGGAAACGGGUCUGCGCAGACGAUAGUGAGGUUUCAGAAGCAUGUAACUCUCCAACCUUAGUAUGCAAAAAGGAAUUUUUUAUAGAUACAAUGUCGAUGCCUCCGGAUAAUGAGCUAUUUGCACGAACGAUUGAAGAUUGUAGAGAAAAGAUGAUAGUACCAAAUGGUAAUGAGGAAAAGUUCUUUCGUUCACCAGAAACUUGCAGAGAAAACAUGACGACGGUAAAAACUAACGAUUCCAUAAAUUUAUUUGGUCAAACAGUUGCUGCAAUUAUAUUGGAAAUGAGUCAAGCGAAACAAGCUAAAGCAAUGCGUGUAUUAUUCAAUGCUUUAAUAACAAUUAAAACCGAACCAGAAGAAUCCUAAUGCAAAUAUUUAAAGAUAUAAUAGUAUUAUAUAUUUAUAUAAAAACGAAAGAAAAACAUUAAUUAAGUUUACUUAUAAGAUAACAUAACUUCUGUAAUCGCUGUAAGCCAAAAAUUGUUUUUAAAUAGCCAUAAUUAUUAAUUUUAAAUUAAUAUGCAUACUAAUACUUUGAAUUAAUAUUGUUAAGAGCUUAACUUUAAGUAAAAAUUAUUUAAACCCUGAAUCAAUGAAUGUCUUUUGUUCUAAGAAAAAUUUAAACUCACAUAAUUAAAAAUAAUGAAGGCAUGCGAAUAUACAUACAUAUUUUGAAAUCGAUGAGCUCCAUUGAAUUUGAAUCCAUUUAUAAUACACAAAGUAAAUAUGAUGUCAUAAAAUAAUUCUACAAGGUUCACUCCUGGUCUCUAUCGAAUUGUGGAUUGGCUGAAUGUGCAAAGCGUUGUCGAUAUUUUAAAAACCGCAUUUUUAUAAAGACGGCUGAACCUAAGAAAACAUUUGAAUAAACGUAUAUAAAUUUUAACAACAAAUAA